CAACAUCGGAUGCAAAAGCACACAGUCAUUCCAACACACACAAGUGGUAUUUGGUCUGUUGUGGCAACAGUUACCGAGACUGAUUGGAGCGAUCGUUCAGAAACAGCUUGGAAUCAUCGCUUGGGACGGCUGCACGGUAUCAGGCUGCUUUGGGCACAUCAGCCAAACAUUCCUUGCUCAGAUAGAGGCGUGCAAUGGGCAGCUCCCCAAGUGUUCUGAACUCGAACGCCAAUAAGGCCGUGGUUGUUGAUCAGUCCGUUGCUCAGUCACGUACCGCCGCCAAAAGGGGGACACGGGCGAGUUCCACCCUCGAAGUAGUGGGUGCUCAACCGCACGAGAUCAACAUCUCUGGACAGAAAGAUCGAGAAGAUGAUGACGCGAGCUCGCAGCACAACAGGCUUUAUAUUGACUUUGAGGAUAUGAAAGAUGAUGAAGUAUCAUUGAUAUUUGAUACCUUUGUCCAUGACAAUGGCACGUGUUACUCCUGCAUCAUGCAAGAUGGAGUGCGGUUGUACUUUGAUGAAAACAGGCCACACAUGGGGAUGAUUCCAUUUCCCGAAGAGUGGGAAAAUCAGGGGACAUUUUUCAAUGACGCAUCUCAAAAUAAAGGCCCGUCUGCCGGCAGGGGCAGUGGGCACGAGGACCUUCACAAGGCACGUGCCCACAAUGUCAGCGUCAACAUGAUGGAGGACGACCGCAUCGGAAUGUUCCAUCACCCGACCAAAGGCGAGCUGACGACAUAUCUGUUCGAGGAGAGGAGAACGAUUUGCAAGUUCUUUGAUGAGGAAAGCGGAGCCUGGCUGCAUGUCCCAGCACAGUGGGAGUGCCGUUUGGAUUUUGUUCGGAGCAAAUUGACCUUCGUCCAAGCAGCCAUCCCAGCCUGGAAGGACCAAUCAGACAUUGUGGCGAUGCUCAGACAGUGCAACUACGAUGCUGAUGAAGUUGUUUCGAACUACACCGCUCUCUAUGGUGAUGACGUAAAAAAAGCACCCCCGGCAAAUGUUACUGCCGAGCUGAAGACGCAAGGGGCCUUGGAUGACACACGCAAGCAGCUGCGGGAAACGCAAGAGCGACUGGAAGGAUCCCGACGGCAGGUCGCUGAACUUCGUCAAGAGAAACAAUGCAUGGAGGUCAAAGUUCACGGUCUGCAGAGUCAAGUGGCAUCGGCGGAGGCCCAUUGCCAGCAGGUGGAGAGCAGGCUUCAGGCCUUCCUGUCGAACAGGCCCAAAACGCCGGCAGCGACGUCCGUUAGAAAGACAACCAUCCCGUCAAGACUGCUCGUCGGGACGACACUGAAGCAGACGCAAGCAGAGGCUCGUGGGCUGUCGUUGCUCGGAGCGCAGCUCUCCGACGGUGCCCGUCGCGACUUGGGGGAGCUGGGCCGACUGAUCCAGAGCCUGGCCUUUGCGGUGCGUCGCAUGGCCGGGCUAGCGGCGGCAAGCGCCGGCUCGCUGGACGAGGCGCGAUCGCUGUACCGGCGCGAGGCUUUGCAGCGGAGGUUGCUGCACGACCAGCUCACGGAACUGCGUGGGAACAUCCGCGUCUUUUGCCGCGGCAGGCCAGGUGCGGCCGAAGGCGGCGUGCCCGGCUUGGAGUUUUCUCCGUCGGCAGGCGAGGUUCUGGUUAUUCAGAGCGAGGGCAAAACGACGUCGUUCACCUUCGAUCAGGUCUUCCCUCCAAACGCCACGCAGGAGCAAGUCUUUGCAGACACACUGCCACUCAUCACCUCCUGCGUGGACGGCUACAAUGUGUGCAUCCUCGCCUAUGGCCAGACCGGCUCCGGCAAGACCCACACGAUGAUGGGCACCUCCAACGCUCCAGGCGUCAACGUCCGGUCUGUAAAAGAGCUUCUUAAAAUCUGCAAAGAAAGGCACAAUGUCAAGUAUACUUUGAAGAUUUCCAUGCUGGAGAUUUACAAUGAGACUGUGAGGGACCUCCUCGGCAAGCCGGGCUCAGGACCCCUCGAGGUGCGUGGCCAGGCCAGGAGCGUUACCGUGCCGGGCCUGACCACGACGACCGUGACCUCGGAGGAAGAUAUUGUGCGUGCGAUGGAGACCGCCCAUAAGAACCGCACUGUGGCCUCCACCAAGAUGAACAUCCACAGCUCCCGCUCGCAUUUGCUGAUGACACUCAGCUUGGAGGGGGUCGAUGUGGUCUCCGGCUCCGCUUCCCACGGCUCUUUGAUUCUCGGUGACCUGGCCGGCUCAGAGAGGAUCUCUCGAACGGAGGCAACCGGCCAGAGACUCGUGGAGGCCGCAGCCAUUAACAAGUCCCUGACAUCACUGGGGCAGGUGUUUCUAGCCCUACGCAAUGGCUCCUUGCACGUGCCCUACCGGAACUCCAAGCUCACCCACCUCCUGCAGCCGGCCCUGGGUGGGAACGCCAAGGCGUGUGUGUUUGUCACCGUGAGCGCGGACGACGCAAACCGCGGAGAAACGCUGAGCACAUUGCAGUUUGGCUCCUCCAUCCGUCAGGUGGCACUGGGCACCGCAGCGCAACGAGUUACUCCGGCCAGGACCAAGCCCUGAGCUGGGCGCGCCCGUGGCGUGGACCGCCGCCGCCGCCGCUGCCUUCCCCCGUAUCUAGGCGUCGCCUCCAGGCAUCGUCGUUCAGACGCGGUCAAGCCACCGCUUGCGUGAAGGCGUGGUGAAACCGCAGCCGCCUCUCAUGAACCCUGCGUUGUUAUUAUUUGACUCGGCACCACUACCUGCACGCCAACAAAAGCACAUUUUAACAGCAUCACCACCACCGCCGCCGCCAUCAUCAUCAUCAUCAAGAUAAAAGAAAUGUCAUCACUGAUUUCGACAGACAAGCCUGCCAAUGCGUCGGAUUCCUCCGGUGUAAUUAAAUAUUCUAAGCUGAUUAAGGGAAUCACGAUGUAUACAAUAGGCUGAUAUGAACCAACGUAUAAAUGUGUUUAUGGAAAAUUGUAUAGUGCUUGCAAGCAAUAUCCGGUAUAGUACUCGAUUAAGAUUGAGAGCCACAUUUGGAGUUUAUUAGUGGGACAUCCCAACACUCGUAGCUCUGUGUGUGCAGCCGGUGCCGCUAUUGUAUUUUAUACCUUUCCAGACCUCUUGAAGAAUGCCCACAGCAGCUGUCUACCCAGCAGUAUGAAUGAGUAGCCCACCGUCGAUUGGCAGGUCGUGUGUGGGUGCUCCCGCCACUUCCAAGACACCUGGAAGGCCAAGUUACCCUCGAGGGGAGGCCCUUCUGCCACCAGUGGCAUACGCAAGGCAUUUCAGGGCUGCAUCUUUGUACUCUUCGUAAUAUGCUGCACGUUUCAGUGUGCCAAACACACAGUUAUUACUCUUUGGUUCUUUCGGCAAAGUUACGUAGAAAGAAAAUUUAUUA